UUUGGAUGUGGAAGAAAUGAAAACAAUCAGUGGUCAACUGCAGCUCAGAUUUCUAUGCAAUUAUGUGAAGAAGGUAAAUCACAUAAAAGAGACAGAAGCUAUUCGCUUCCACAUCCAAAACAGUGUAAUUAGUUUUACCAAAAAAGAUUUAUGCAUGGCACUAGGAUUGAAAAUGGAUGCUGUGAAAUCAGAUUUAGAAGAGGAGAUGAAAGGACCUUUAUGGGAAAAAUACUUUGGAAAAUCAAGGGUGAAAAGAAGAGAGGUACAAGAUGCAUUGAUGAAAUAUAAUAGUAAAGAACCAGAAGUUGAACAAAAUGAUGGUGUGAAGAUUGCUCUACUCCAUGUGCUAUCACAUGGAUUAUUUGGGAACCAAGUGGCUAGGGAGUUACAAAGCUCUUAUGCGAAUCUGGUAGAAGAUUUAGAGGCAUUCAACACAUAUCCAUGGGCUGAAGAUGUUUGGGCAAAUUUGGUGAGCAACAUGAGGACAAAUGCCAAGAGCCUUAAGAAGUGCAAGGGGGAACGUGUGACUGUACCUGGAUGUCUAAUAGAAAUACAAGUCUGGGCGUUUGAAACAUUUACAGGGUUGGCAAAGGCAGAUAUAUGCAAGGUAAUUGAAGGGAGAGAAAUGUCAAUUCCAAGAGCAGUAAAGUGGGAGUUCAUAAAAAAGCCACAUUUGGAAGUUUUCUGCACCAUAAUCUUCAAAAACAAAGAGUUUGAAUGGGAAAGGAUGCAAGCUACAAGUUUGGAAAUUGAAAAAUUUCCAAAUUUGGGGCCCAACACUGGUGGCAUAGUUAGAGAGAGAAUUGAAAAUGUGAAGUUAUUCGAAAAAAAGAAGAAGAAAGGGAAGGAGAAAAAUACAAGAAUUGGGAGAAAAAGAAAAAAAAUGAAGAAGAUGUGCAGGAAGAGGAUGAUGAUGAAGGCGCAGUGGGUUUUGGGUAUGAGAGGAAAGUUACUAUUGUGUUGAGACAGGGCAGGAAGCUUAGCAAAGAAAAUACCAAACUAAUGGCAGAAAUGAAAGUAUUCAAGAAAUCACAGAAGAGGCUUGAGACAUUUCUUAAGCAAUAUUGGAAAAAAGUUAGAUAACCAAGAGAAGGGUAAGCAGACAGUAACUGAUCGAGGAGAGUACAAAUGAAAGAUGUGACAACGAGCAGGAAGAAUCAAAUGAAAAAUCAGAGAGUGAAGAUGAGAAUGUAGAAGAUGAUGCUUCGGUUUCUGAAGAUAAUGCUGAAGAUGGGGUGGAAAGCAAUUUGCCAAAUUUUAAUAUUUUUGGACCAGAGACUCAGGAAAAACUAAAGAA